AUUUUUGUAGACGUGAGAGACUGCAAGGAAGUAAAGGGAGUGUUGCUCCUGAAAAAUAGGAAACAGCCAUCAACCAAGUCCAAAGCAAAUAUAAAGUGCGGUGUGAAGGGAGGAGAGUAGUGGAAGAGGAAAAGUGGACUCAGUGGAUAUCCCCCUCGAAGCUGCUGAAACGUCUUGUUGACUGUAAUCGUUGUAGAGUGAGGGACCAUGGCCAUCCUGCUGAUUUCAAUCACCCUGCUACAUAUCUUCACUCUGGCGAUUCUGUUCAUUGCCACCAUGGGAAAGUCCUGGUGGGUGGUGAGUAACACUGAGAGAUCAGACCUCUGGUACUACUGCAACUUAAACAAUGAAACCGAGACAUGGUUUUGUGUGUCACUGAAAGAGACAGAGUGGCUUCAAGCUGUCCAGGUCCUGAUGGUCUUGUCUGCUGUCUUUUGCUCCGUCUCCUUUCUUGUUUUCCUUGGUCAACUCUUUAUUAUGUCAAAAGGAGGCCUCUUCUACCUUACAGGAGUCUGUCAAGCAUUCGCAGGUCUCACAACCUUCACUGCAAUACUCAUCUACACAUUACACAGCAAAGAAAUCCUUCAGCACUAUAACGCAUUGGGCUCAGGGCACUUUAAUUACUGUUAUGUUCUGGCAUGGGUGUGUGUGCCUUUGCUACUGUGGAGCGGACUCGUGUACGUUUAUUUGCGCAAAAGGAAGUAGCAUCACGUUUUGUUUGAGUUAAAUAUAAAACAGCCACAGUAAUAUGUAUAAAUAAAUUGCAUCACUUUUAUAUUGUAACAAAAAUAAACUUAAUAUUCUUUUUUUUGUAGGAUAAUGUACUGUUCUGCACCACAAUACCCUAUAGACUAUAUACUUACACACA